GGCAGAUUUGUAUUGAAGGCCGUAAUCUCCGCGAAACUUUAUUCUUGAAAAUGAAUCCAAGUCUCAUAAAGGAGAGGGAGGCUUUCCUGAAAAGAGCUAUGGCUAUGCCAGUUGUUGAGAAACCAAAAGCAAAUCCAGCAACCUCCUCCUCUGCCUCCGCCGCCUCAGAAGGAAAUAGCCUUCGUCGACCGCCUCCUUCAGUUGCUUCUUCUUCUUCGGUAUCUACUGAAUUACGAUCUGUUGAUUCUACAAGACCUUCAAUUCUACAAGGAAAAUUUGCUGUGUUAUCCAGGAUUGUAAAAUACAUGAAGCAACGUCAUUUAGAAGGUGAUACACAUCCAUUAUCAGUGGAUGAGAUCCUUGAAGAAGCUGUACUGCAUGAUACACCACCAGCAACUAUCCGGUGGUUAGAAGAAGAAGCUCUUCCAAAUAAUCCAAAGAUUCGUGUGACUGAGGAUAGAAAAUUUGUCUUCCGACCUAGAUAUGAUAUACGUACACGGAAAGACUUGUAUCAGUUACUUCGUCGUCAAGAGUUAAAAGGAUUGGGUGGAAUUUAUUUGGACGAUUUAACUGAAUCUCUACCUGAUGUGGAAAAAAUUCUUGCUAGUUUCGGUGAUCAUGUCAUUCGUAUUGUAACACCUCAUGAUAAGAAGACUAUUUUAUUUUACAAUGAUAAAUCAUUCGAUUUGAAUGUUGAUGAAGAAUUUAAACAACGGUGGCGAGCAGUAAGUGUCGAGGGGGUGCAUGAAACAAAAAUAGAAGAAUAUUUAAAACGUAAUGGUAUUUCCUCUAUGUCCGGUGAUCGUAAAAGCUUUACACCAGUACAACGAAAGAAACCCGGUCAAAAACGUGCUUCAAAUCGUCCAGUGCAUUUUAAAGACAAUGAACAUGUCAAUGGGAUUUUAGAGGAUUUUUCAGAGAAAUUAGCUAAAACUUCUUAAUUAUUCUGCCACCUCCUCUUCUUUUUCUCUGAAUGAAUAAUUGUAAAUACACUUUCUUGUAUCUGUGUUAGUGUGUGUGUGUGUGUGUGUGUACAGUGGUGAGUAACAUUCAUGUUUCUUUCUCUUCUUUGUAUGUUAUGAGCUGUUCUCUAGUGUACACAAGUAACUGUGUGUGUUUGUAUGUGCAUGUGUCUAUUUUGUCAAGAUUGCCUGCUUGCAUAAACACAUGCACACAUACACGCACGCACGCACGCACGCACACACCAAAACAUUCUCUAUGUUGUAUGUUUUAGCGCUG